AUCGUCGUGAACGAUCUUUAUUUGCCUUCUGGCUUGUCCUUGUCCUGAAGCUGCAAGAUUUCUUGCAUUGUUAUCUACUUCCUAACAUCAUGCUCCCCAAGAGCAAGACAUUCAUCUACCUUGAAGGUACACCGAGAAAGGCAAUUCAUCCUUGGAGCACAACAGGUGGACUGCUUUUCCUCAUGCUCUCACUAUUUCCAGAGAUUAUGCCAGCCAUGCAGUUCUUUAAGACCCUACCAUGUCAUGUGUAUGAUACGAAAACUUUCCUGACUGUGGAUUGCAGUGAUCGGGGCCUCGUAAAAUUCCCAAAUGAAAUUCCUGACAAUGUUACCAAUCUGACAAUUUCCAUUAAUCACAUCCCAAAGAUCAUCCCAAGUUAUUUUGAGAAGUUUGACAAACUUCUGGAGAUUGAUUUCAGGUGCAACUGUGUGCCUUUUAUGGUGGGACCUAGAGAUCGUGUGUGUAAAGAGAGUCUGAAAAUUCAAAACCAAAGUUUCGCCAAACUCUCCAGACUGGAAUCACUCUACCUGGAUGGAAAUCAGCUCACAGAAAUCCCUCAAGGCCUGCCUCGGAAUUUACGUCUUCUGAGUCUUGAAGCAAAUACCAUUUUUUCCAUCAAAAAAGAAAAUUUGUCAGAACUUGAGCACCUACAAAGUCUCUUCCUAGGACAGAACUGCUAUUACCGCAAUCCUUGCAACGUUUCAUACGACAUUAACAAAACAGCCUUUCAGGCCCUUAGGACACUGCAAGUGCUGUCACUGAAAGCAAAUAACUUAACGUCUGUCCCACAGAAUCUGCCAUCCACUUUAACGGAACUGUACCUUUAUAAUAACGUCAUCCGUAACGUCACGGAACAUGAUCUAAUCGGUCUUCAUAACUUGGAAACUCUUGACUUAAGUGGCAACUGCCCACGCUGUCACAAUGCCCCGUAUCAUUGUGAGGAAUGCCCCAACAGGGGAAGCAUUUUCAUCCAUCCCAGAGCCUUUGACUCCUUAAAGCAAUUAAAAAUUCUGCGCCUCCACAGCACCUCUCUUCGUUCAGUGGACAGUAACUGGUUUAAAAAUACUGAGAAGCUUGAAGUGCUUGAUCUUUCACAAAAUUACUUAGAUAAUGAAAUAGAGUCUGCCCAUUUUCUAACAUUUCUUCCUAACCUUGUGGACCUGGACUUGUCUUUCAAUUUUGCACUGCAAUCAUACCGUUCAACUUUGCGUUUACCAAGUACAUUUUCUAAACUGUCUAAUCUGAAAUACUUAAGGAUUAGGGGUUUUAUUUUCAAGGAACUUGAUCAACGAACUGUAGACAACUUGAUUCCUCUUAAAAAUCUUAGCGUGUUGGACUUUGGAACCAAUUUUAUAAGGAAUGCUGACAUUGCUAUGUUUAAAAAAUUCCAUGCUCUUAAAAUUAUACACCUUUCAUUCAAUAAAAUCUCUCUCUUUUCAAAUGAACCCAAUCAUCAGUUUUUCUCUGCUCCCAAGGUUAUAGCAGAAAGGUAUGAUGGCAGAAUGCUGCAAGAUAUGCACUAUUUCAGAUAUGAUGAAUAUGGCCGAAGUUGCAAAUCUAAAGACAAAGAGUCUGUUUAUUCAUUGCCAUUUUCCAUUGAGCCUUCUUGUAGCAAUUACGGGGAAACACUGGAUUUAAGCAGAAACAAUAUAUUUUUUGUUGCCUCCUCUGAUUUCCAACAUCUCACUCAACUUAAGUGCCUCAAUUUGUCUGGUAAUGCUAUGAGCCAAACUUUAAAUGGGACUGAAUUCCAGUAUCUGUCUAACUUGAAAUACUUGGAUUUUUCUAACAACCGAAUUGAUUUGCUACAUGCAAAUGCCUUUAAAGAGCUGAAAGAACUGGAAGUUCUAAACCUUAGUGAUAACAGCUAUUAUUUUAAGGCAGAAGGCAUCACUCACAUGUUAGGCUUUACCAGAAAUUUGGUCAGCUUGACAACAUUGUUUAUGAAUGGGAAUGAGAUUUCUACAUCCACUGAUGAAGGGAUGGAAAGCCAUUCACUCAAAAUAUUGGAAUUUAGAAAGAACCGCUUAGAUAUUUUAUGGAAAGCUGGGACUGAUAAACAUUUUGCAUUCUUCAAGAAUCUGAGCAGCCUGGAGAAUCUUGACAUUUCUGACAACUCUCUGAAUUUUAUACCCAAUGAUGUGUUUGAUGGUCUCCCACAAACACUCAAGGUGUUCAAGCUAGCCGAUAACAAUAUUAAAUAUUUUAAUUGGAGCAAACUGCAGAUUCUGAAGAACCUAUUGGUCUUGGAUCUUAGCAACAACCAGUUGAUUACUGUACCCCAUGAGCUGUCCAACUGUUCUCCAACCCUUCAACAAUUCAUACUACAAAACAACAGGAUCAAAAAGCUGACAAAUAAUUUUCUUCAACAAGCUUUCCAUCUGAAACACUUAGAUCUCAGUUUUAAUAAGAUAAAAACACUCAAGAAUUCUAGCUUCCCCGUGAAUGAUAUCAAGAAUCUAGAAACGUUACACCUACGUGGUAAUCCGUUCAGAUGUAACUGUGAUCUUGUGUGGUUUGUCUGGUGGAUCAACCAAACAAAUGUGACUGUACCUUUUCUGGCAACAGAUGUGACUUGUGAGGGGCCAGGUUCAUGGAAAGGUAAAAGUGUGGUUUUCUUAGAUCUGAAAACAUGUGAGCUGGACAUUUCCCAGUUCCUGUUCUUAUUGUCCAUUUCAGUCAUCACAUUUCUGAUGACAGUCCCAGUUAUAAGCUACCGUUACUUCUGGGAUGUGUGGUAUUUCUACCAUUUCUGCAGUGCCAGUUUAAAAGGGUAUCAGCGUCUAUUUUCAUCUGAAGUUAUGUAUGACGCAUUUGUGGCUUAUGAUAAGAAAGACCCAGAUGUGACAGAAUGGGUCCUGAAAGAAUUAGUUGAAAAACUGGAAGAUCAGAAAGAGAAACAAUUCAAUUUAUGCCUGGAAGAAAGGGACUGGCUACCAGGAAAACCAGUUCUGACUAACCUUUCUGAUAGUAUACAGGUGAGCAGAAAAACUGUAUUUGUGCUAACAAACAAGUACAUUGUGAAUGGCAACUUCAAGAUAGCCUUUUAUUUGGCUCACCAGCGCCUGUUGGAUGAAAAGGUUGAUGUAAUCAUCCUGAUAUUCCUUGAGAAGGUUUUGCAAAUGUCAAAGUAUCUCCGCCUCCGAAAGAGACUGUGUAGUAGCUCUGUCCUCAAUUGGCCAACCAAUCCUCAGUCUCAGAGUUAUUUCUGGCACUGUCUGAGGAAUUCACUAGCCUCAAACCAUGCCUUGAGCUAUAACAAGCUUUUCAGAGAAAUGGUAUAGGUUGGUCACAUUCUAGAAAAGGCUUAAUAAGUUAAGGAAAUGAGUGAAGGGUGAAUUGCAGCUGCUACAUCAAGAUUUUAAACCACUGGCGGUACAACUGGAAAGCAGCUCUUAUGCCACCUCAGAUGCAUUCUGGGAUACAGGAAACUGCUUAUUUGAGGAAAGGGAUAUAAAGGAAGUGCCGUUAGUCCACAGAACUUUUUACAUAAGAAAUAUUAGGAUAUGCAAAGAGUUCUGGCAGGUUUUUAUGAGUUCUUUAAAAAUCUGAGCUGGGAAAGAUUUGCCACUCUAAGCUUCUUUUUCCACUCUUCAUAAGGCUAUUGUUUGUAUAGAUGUCUCCUCAACCCAUGAUUUUAAAAAAGAGGAAAAAAAACAUCGGAGCAUAAUGUUGGAGUUUGGAUGGUAGUGGCCUUAAGAAAUCAGGUGUUCAGCUGUGGUGACAUAGUUGGUUUAAUGAUACUGUGUGGUAGAAAUUGGCUAUGUGCUAGAAAUUGUGUCCUAGAAAUUGUCCUACAUUGUGACAGGGGAUGGACGUUGCAUGGUCACUGAUACAAGGCACAUUUCAGCCAGAAACUCAUUGGCAUUAGGACUAAAACGUCUCAGCCUUGGCACCUGUCCAUUCAUAUGUAACUUGGGACUCAUAAUAUUUACAAGGUUGUUGAAAUAAUUUCUGUAAAGUGCUUCUGCCCGAGUGUUAUUAUUAAAAUGCCGAAGUCCUGCUUCGGCAACGGCGCGAGAAAGUUUCAGGAGAGAUCCCUGAUAAAGAAAACUGCAGUCCGGAGAUUAGGUACAAAGCAUGCUCGGUUGUGUUUGCAGGGGAAGAAAAGAAUUCUCCCCCUCACCUCCGGCACCUCCUUUUAUUCACUACCUUGGUUUACCAAAACAGUUGCAUACAGCCACUCAGAUGUCAAGUAGCUGGCCAAUCACCUACUGGCCGCGCAGACGCAGAAUACACAAAGCUUACAAAUAGCUUUAUAUGGUUACAAGCCUUAUAUGGUUACAAGCCUUAUAUGGUUACAAGCCUUAUAUGGUUACACAGGUAAAUUACAAUACUAUAGUGCUGUCGUGGCGUACGUGACUACAGCGUGACCCAGCGAAGAACUCUGCAUGACCCAGCGAUGAACUCCCACAUUAAAACAUUGUUGGAUUUAUCAUCUAUGGAUUACUAAAAUUAAUUAAAACAGAUACCAGUUUUAAUCAGACUAGAAGAAGCAUUUUUUUCUAUUAUAAGUUUCUGCAGGAUCCGCCCUAGAACCAAAA